CAUUACGACAGUUGUGACAAACCAGAAGUGGCAACCGCUGGCAGUGGAGUUAUUUUGAGCGACAGCUGAUGUUUAAAGACCUGAAGGCAAAUAAAUAAACAAAACCAGCGGAGACACGGCUCACACACUCCGCUGAAGACUCUGAAAACAACAACAAUGAGACAAACAACGACACACUUUCGACUGCUUUCCUUCACGACACUGGCUACCUAGCUAAGCUAACGUAGCCGGAAGCUAGCGACGCCAGUUUGCCCAACUCUCCGCCGGGAAACAUGAUCUGAAGCCGGGGGGGGAGUUUAUCAUCGGAGCAGGCUGGGUGUAGUGUUCAGACUCACAGCUGGGCCUCUUUGUCUUUUAAACACAACAUGUGGCUGCAGCAGAGACUAAAGGGGCUUCCGGGCUUGUUGUCGAGCAGCUGGGCGAGGAGGCUCCUCAUCGGGCUGCUCCUCUUCCUCAUCUUCUACUGGUACCUGGGGGCGGAGCGCAGGUGGAGGUUCUUCAGCGGGACGGCCAUGCCCGGCGGGGCGGCCGGACAGUGCCUGCUGGCUGAGAUCCACAGGUGGAGCUCUCUGGUGGAGCGAGGGGAGGGGAUCUACAGCACACCUCAGGAACAGCUGGACACACCUUUUGUGUCAGGUAACGGCCAUAUAAUGAUCGACAUGGACUCUAACAAACUGUGGGUGGCUUCGUCCUCCCUGCCCGGGUCAGCUCCCGUGCAUCAGACUGAGUUCUCCCCCAGAGUGGGCGUGCACCUGGAGGGGAAGCGGGCAGAGGUUCAGGCCACCAUGCUGUGGUUCAGGAAGGGAGCCGUGCUGUCGGUCCGCUGUGCCUCCCCGCAGUCCUCCCGGGACUGCAUCACCAUCAGAGAGGAGUUCAUCGCACACAGGAGCAGACCCAACGUGUACCUGCAGAGGAUCCACAUCAACAACCCGUCUGACAGGCCCGCCUCCCUGGACGUCUCCUCCGAGAGCCCCUCCUUUGGGAGCAAGUUCUCCUCCAGCGUGGAGAAACUGGAAGACAAAGACAUAGUGCUCGCCUCCGGCAGAGUGCCUGUGGAGAACAACCGCAUGGUGCUGGUGGUGGUGGUCUCCAAGAAGCUGAACAGCAGGAUUCAGGUCUCGGCUAAGUCUGAGUACAAAGACAACAUCCUGUCAGUGGUGUGGACCUCAGAGCCCAUCGAGUCCUCCAAGCUGGAGGAGACCUUCAGCUCGCUCAGAGAAGGAGCUAAGAAGGAGCUGGGGGAGCUGCUGAGGGACAGCGUGGAAGACCUGGUCCUCGACCACCAGCAGACCUGGAUGGACCUCUUCAUCUCAGGUGUUGAAAUGAGGAAGAUCACAGACUCACACACCCCGUCGAGUCGCACCGUGAACACCACCCUCUACUACAUCCUGUCCUCCACCACGGCUCCUCUGCUGGAUCGACGGCUGAGCGGUGACGAGCGCGAUCGACUCGAGUCCAGCCUCAACUACGCCGACCACUGCUUCAGCGGCCACGCCACCAUGCACGCCGAGAACCUGUGGCCGGAGCGGGUCAGCAGCGCCGCUCAGAUCCUGCAGCUGGUCACGCUGUGGACGCUGACUCUGCAGAAGAGAGGCUGUAAGGUGCUGGUGGCGGCCGGAGCACACGGCGCCAUGCAGGGCAUGGUGCUCAGCUUCGGCGGCCUUCAGUUCACAGAGAACCACCUUCAGUUCCAGGCCGACCCGGACGUGCUGCACAACAGCUACGCCCUGAGAGGGAUCCACUACAACCAGGACCUGAUCAACCUGGCGGUUCUGCUGGACACGGAGGGGAAGCCGUUCCUGCACGUGUCCGUGAAGCAGCAGGAGAAGCCGGUGAAGCUGUACGCCUGCGAGGCCGGAUGCCUCAACGAGCCGGUGGAGCUGACCUCAGAGGUCAAAGGUCACACCUUCCCCGUUAUGGUGACGCAGCCCAUCACGCCGCUGCUCUACAUCUCCACAGACCUGCGCCACCUGCAGGACCUCCGCCACACCCUGCACCUUAAGGCCAUCCUGGCCCACGAGGAGCACAUGGCCAACAGGUACCCGGGCCUGCCGUUCCUCUUCUGGUUCAGCGUGGCCUCGCUCAUCACCCUCUUCCACCUUUUCCUCUUCAAGCUCAUUUACAACGAGUACUGUGGCCCCGGAGCCAAGCCGCUCUUCAGGAGUAAGGUCGCCGGCAAAGGUGACGAUGGCUGCUGUGAAAUCAAGACCGCUGCUUGAGCUCUGUGCACACGUUCAACAGGUGCGGUAGUGGUUCUGCUUGAGCUUCAGUGGCAUGGCAGACUUUAGGGGGGAGUGUGUGUGUGUGUGUGGGGGGGUGUGUGUGUGUGUGUGUGUGUGUGUGCUUAACAAGAUCUACUGUGUCGUUUACAUCAAACAAAAACAGCUGUGAUUAAACGCGGAGAGCUCCAACUAAAGCUGUAGAAGAUCAUCUUUACAUUAUAUAUUUGAUUUAUAGAGAUGUCUGGGAAAUACAACGACCUUCAUAACAUCCUGCAGUCUAAUUUAACACUUUAAAGGUCACAUAUUCUCCUCCUCUUCAGUUUAAAUAAGUCUCAGAGCUCCUCAAAACAUGUCUGUGAAGUUUCUUGUUCUAAAUCCACUCUGAUCCUGUAUUUGAUCAUGCAUUAAGUCAAAGAACGACUAAAAAAUCUUCACUGCUCGAUCACUCUUCUCUCAUGUUUGAAAAUAAAAAAACGAGUCACAGUUUGUCCAACAGGUGACUUAAUCAUCUGCCCAAUAAAAAAACCUCUGAAUCAGCAGUUAGGUGAUCUAGAUGUCAGCGUUAAAUCCAUUUGACUCAAAAAAUAAACAUGUUCCGAUGUCCGUCGAUAUCGAUGUUGAACCGAUGCAUCGAUGAAUCCCUCAGUAAAAAGUUUCAUCAGCCAGAUGUUUGGAGCUACGUACGGUGGCUGUGAAGGUCAACCGUGCAAAUAUUUCAUCAUUAAGAAACAAAAACAUUCACUAGAAACCAAACAUCACUUCAAGCAAAAAUAUUUCAUGAAACACAAAUUAAUAAAAAACAACUGAUAUAUUUUUCUCAGUCGGUAGCCCUCUUCAGAACGCCGUAUCAAGCCGCGAUAUUUACGCCCCUGUGACGUUUUGUCUUCAAUCUGAAUAUGAUGAAGGAGUAAUGAGGGGAUGAAGUGACCCCCCUCCCCUGUACCGUCUUCAGAGGUAGUAACAGAGGCGUUACAGAGGAGAGUCGGGAUCAGCUGAGCCUGCGGGGGAGCACAGCGCUGUGUGUGUGUGUGUGCAUGUCUGAGUGUGUGUGUAUGUGGAGCUCCUGCUGUGAAUAUUGCGCCGUUGCAGAAUUAAUAUGAAUGUACAAAGACAUGAAGACGGCUGAGCUGGGGGGAAAAAAAGCCGUAUGAAUGGGGUUAGUGAAAUGUUUUUGGAUCUUUCUCGAAAUACUUUUGCAUUUUGUAAAAUGUUUUUGGAGUUCGGUAAAAAAAACAUUUAUACGGCUGACCUUCAGGGCCUAGAAACACACUAAACGUCUGAACCAAUCAGACGCUGAGUUUAGGUGUAAAAUCGUGCAGAUGUUCUGAAUAAUUCCUUCACUAAUCCAAACACUUUCCAGCUGUGAAUGACACUAAAUCUAUCCAUGUUUGAAGUAUAAAUGUUAACGGCUGAUUGGCUGUUUCAGACGUUUUCUCACAGAUCUCAUGAACUUCAGACCGGAUAUUAAUAAUGUUCAUAUGAUUGUUUGUAUCAGAGUGUGUGUUUACCUGUUCUUCCACAUCCAUUGUUGUGUUGGGUUUUUAUCUGAUCUCUUGAUUUUCUGCUUUAUUAUAGAUUUAAGUUAAUUUAUUGAGCUUUUUGCAAUCAGAUUUAAGUGUCCUUCAAUGGUUUGUGAUCAUGAAGUUUGAUUUAGUCUUUCAUUGGGGGGGAAAUAAAUGACUGAGUUGUGAUUA